AUGAGCGUUCCGAAGCAAUAUUUUGUGCCUUCAAGCGAAGUUGUUACAUCAAUUGUAUUACCAACAAUUGUUUUCUGCAUUGCAAUGGUUAUUGCGAUGUUAAUUGGAAUAAAUAAAUGUAAACAAUGGGAAUUGGAUAAAAUUGUUGAAAUGAGGCGAACAAGACGAAUUGUGCAACGAAUCACUGCACGUUUAAGGGAAAAGAAUUUUCGAACAAUUCAAAGAGCUCGAACAAUGAGGCAACGCAAGCGAUCGUUUAUCGGUGCUCAAUCAUCCAUUGCGACCCCAAUGAAUGGAGAAGCUCCACCAUCAUAUUCGAUAAAUGGACAAUUAAAUAUAGGUGUUUCACCUCCACCAAGCUAUGAAGAUGCAUUACUUGAUGCUUAUUAUAAUGAAUGUAUGAUUAGUCCAUGUCGGAGGUGA